AUGAACGUAGGCGUGUACUUCCUAACCGCGCUCCUUUUGUACACAUCCCUACUGAAUUACAAAACGUUGGUGUACCUGAUUACCCCCUCAUCUGCCGAACACAUACAGAACGGGACCCACCGUGUCUAUAACACCCUUGAUCAUUACUUGCACGUAUUCUUGGAGUAUGGCUUCGUUAGCAUCUACCUUCUAGUUGCAUUUCAGCCAAACAAAAAUGUGUACACGAAACGGAGUCCCCAAAAUUACUUAUUUGCCAAAGGACUCCUAGUGUUCUUUUUUUUCUUCCUAUUCCACUUUGUGCUUAAUGUAAAGAAUAACUUCCCAGUAAACAUUUUUUUUCUAAUCCUUACAGUAUUCCAUUUGUCUGAGUUUUUCCUUUCCUUCUUACAUAACAAAAAUAAUUACAAUUAUUACAACUUCUUAGUGAACCCUAAUUGUGGUUAUGUUUACUUCUUCAUCCUUACUCUACUUGAAUAUUAUUUGAAGAUUUUUUUUUUCGUCCUGGUGCACUUUUUUGAAAAAUAUUUGAGUAAGAGACUCCUACAGAAUCUCCUUCUUGUGAAUUAUUUUUUCCUCAAGAAUUUUGUGCAGAAUGGGAGAAGUGUGUGCACCUACUGCUAUGUUAAUCAGAUCGAUUGGGGACAAAAUGGCGGGGCAUGCCAAGUCGGCGGGGGAGUCGGCGAGGGAGUCAGCGGGGGAGUCGGCAUGAGAGUCGGCAUGAGAGUAAGCUCGCUCCUUGGCACAGAUGCAAACAUUGGUGUGGGCGCUGGAGCGGGGGAGCCUUCCCUACUGCGCCUUCUGCAGAACCGCAUGCGCUUGAGGGGGAAGCUACGCAAGGUGGCCUUCGCACUCCCCUUAGCAACAACACAGGGAACAACACAGGGAAGUUCUUCACAAGGCGAUAAAAAAUACCCUAGAGAAAGGGACACAUCUCCCACGUGUGGUGCUUCCCCCAUUGGGAGGAGGACCUACGGAGAGUGCCUCUUCACCAGGGGGACCCCCCCCCUUGACACAACCACAACAUGUAAAACGUAUGACCUGAGUAGCUCCUUCUGCCAGAAAAUUAUACACCAAUAUGCACAUAUAUUUGAGAAGUACCAAGUCAGGGGAAGCUACAAACGAGCACACAAGUACCACCUGUUAGUGGUACUCUUAUCCACGCUGUGUUGUCUGUUGGGGUUACUCCUGCGAAUAAUAGGUUUGCUUCAUUGCUCUGGCAAUUUCUGCUUCUACGUUAUGAGCAGCGACCACUUGGCCGACAAGGCCAUCAAGAACAAGCACAAAUUGGUGAAGUCCGGUGUGUACAAGUACAUGCGGCAUCCCUGCUACACUGGCUGGUUCUACUACGCGUUGUUCUUGCAACUGCUCCUCAUGAACGCUUUCUGCUUUGUCUUAUGUUUUUUCGUGUCGUGGGCGUACUUUUAUCGCACCAUAAAAAUGGAGGAGACCUACUUGCUGGAGUGUUACGGCGAGGAGUACAGAAAUUACAAGCGGAAAACGCCCAGCAUAUAG